CCGGUGGUUGUUUCACUGGUGGCUGGAUCGCUUUUUGCGGUUGGCUCGUUUUCUGUGGUUGGAUCACUUUUUUCGGUUGGUUUACUCUCGGCGUUUGGAUUUCUCUCGGCGGUUGGAUCUCUCUUGGCGUUUGGCACACUCUUGGCUUUGGCUCACUCUUGGUAUUUGGAUCACUCUUGGCGUUUGGCUCACUCUCGGUGACUGGAUCACUCUUGGCGGUUGGAUCACUCUCGGCAGUUGGAUCACCCUUGGUAUUUGUUCACUCUCAGCAUUUGGAUCAAUUUUUUGGCAAGGAGGAGGAAGCUGCCGGCUGACCAUCCCUCACAGCCUCCCAGGCCCCUCCAGGCAGAAAGGCUCCAGUCCCCCCGGAUCAGGCUCCGUAUUUUCUGCGGGAUGGCAGCGAUGGCCCCGCUCACCCUGUCCCAACUGCUGGAUGUUGCCAUCGGGACAUCUGGCGAUGGGGCUGUGGACCUGCCGUCGCUGCACAGGCUGCUGCAGUCCAUGCUGGGACACCUGGGACUGCAGGACCUGCCUGUUCUGGAGCCGGGGCACAGACCAACCGCCCUCCUGGGAGGACACCAGGCCACCAAGGACCAGUCUGGCCUGGAGAAGGAGGAGGACAGGGCCCAGGGCACAGGGCAGCAGCCCCGGGAGCCGGAGGAGCACCUGCCCGGGAAGGAGCUGCUGCAGGGGACCACCAGCAGCUCCCAGGUCACCUCCUUGGCCAACGACGUGGGGCAGAUGAAGAUCAAAGCCAAAAAGAGCAGCAUCUCCAAGGAGAGCACUGGGGGCCAGUCUGCCCCUGCCAAGCCCCCCCAGUCGGACAUGGACCAGCAGCGUGGGGCAAGCUCAGCCCUGGGGCCGAAGGGACCAGGGACAGAGCCUGUGCCCAGGACCAGCGAGGGGACUCCAGGGACACAGCCUGCUGCCCUGUGGAUGCAAGAAGGGGCGCAGAGCACACCAGCGCCCCCUGAGAAGUCGGCAGGGACCACCUCACCGACAACAUGUCCCCUUGGCCCGUUCCCUAUAGGCCAGCAGAGCAUGGCCCACAUCCUGGCCGACAUCCAGACCCAGGUGUCCUCCCUGCACGGCUGGAUGUCCUCCCUGCAGGGUAUGGACUACGAGCUCCAUCACGUGAAGCAGGAGGGAGGGGCAGCCAAAGGGCCCCUGUGCUGGGACGACACAGGGGCCGUGCCCUGA